GGCUCCACACCCAGUGUCGAGAUCAGGGCUCCCCAGCAGCGUGUCUGGAUCGGGCCCAGCCAUGGCAUCACUGGAGCCAGGCCUCGCCGGGUCCCUGAACCGGGGCCAAGCCCAGACCUACGGCACCGGUGGGAGCCCCGUGUCCCUGCGGCACCCUGCCACUCGGGAUCAGACCUACCUGGACGAACUCAUCAGCAUCCCCAAGGGCAGCGGGCCCAGAUUCAGCUUUAGGAAACUCUGGGCUUUCACCGGUCCCGGCUUCCUCAUGAGCAUCGCCUACCUGGACCCGGGCAACGUGGAGUCUGACUUGCAGUGCGGGGCGGUGGCAGGGUUCAAGCUGCUGUGGGUGCUGCUGUGGGCCACUGUCCUGGGGCUGCUGUGCCAGCGCCUGGCCAUCCGGCUGGGAGUGGUGACGGGGAAGGACCUGGGCGAGAUUUGCUACCUCUAUUACCCCAAGGUGCCCCGUGUGCUGCUCUGGCUCAUGAUCGAGAUCGCCAUCAUCGGCUCCGACAUGCAGGAGGUGAUUGGGACAGCCAUCGCCUUCAGCCUGCUCUCGGCUGGCCGCAUCCCCCUCUGGGGUGGGGUCCUCAUCACCAUCGUGGACACCCUCUUCUUCCUCUUCCUUGACAAGUACGGGCUCCGCAAACUGGAGGCUUUCUUCGGCCUCCUCAUCGCCAUCAUGGCCCUGAGCUUCGGCUACGAGUACGUGGUGGUGAGGCCGGGGCAGGCGGAGGUGCUGAAGGGCAUUUUCCUGCCCUACUGCCCGGGCUGCGGGCGAGAGGAGCUGCUCCAGGCCGUGGGCAUCGUCGGCGCCAUCAUUAUGCCCCAUAACAUCUUCCUCCACUCCUCCUUGGUCAAGACGCGGGCAAUCGACCGGUCCAAGAAAGAGGCAGUGCAGGAAGCCAACAUGUAUUUCCUGACCGAGUCCUGCCUGGCCCUCUUUGUCUCCUUCCUCAUCAACCUCUUCGUCAUGGCUGUCUUCGGCGAGGCUUUCUACCACCAGCGAAAUGAGGACGUGCACAACAAGUGCAUCAACAGCAGCGUCAGCCGCUACGCCGGCAUCUUCCCUGCCAACAACGAGACGGUCUCUGUGGAUAUCUACCAGGGGGGUGUCAUCCUGGGCUGCUAUUUUGGGGCGGUGGCUCUGUACAUCUGGGCCAUCGGGAUCCUGGCGGCGGGGCAGAGCUCCACGAUGACCGGGACCUACGCGGGGCAGUUCGUUAUGGAGGGCUUCCUGCAGCUCCGCUGGUCCCGCUUCGCCCGGGUGCUCUUCACCCGCUCCUUUGCCAUCCUGCCCACCGUUUUCGUGGCUGCCUUCAAGGAUGUCAGCCACCUCACGGGCAUGAACGACCUGCUCAAUGUCCUCCAGAGCAUACUGCUGCCCUUCGCCGUUCUGCCCGUCCUCACCUUCACCAGCCUGCGCCCGCUCAUGCAGGACUUCACCAACGGCCUCCCAGGGAAGGUGCUGAUGACCCUCAUCACGGGGCUGGUCUGCGCCAUCAACGUCUACUUCGUGGUGGACUUUCUGCCGACGCUACGGAGCCCGGGGUACCACAUCCCCCUGGGCCUGCUGCUGGCCGGCUACGUGGCCUUCAUCACCUACCUGGUAGGGCUGGCAAUGCGGGAAGGGGCGACUGUGAGGGGGACGGCGUCCCCGUUGGGUGCCCAUCGACCUGCCCUCUUUGCCCCCCCACAGAUCUGGACAUGCAGCAUCGCGCACGGAGCCCGGUUCCUGGACCGAGGCCACCACAGCCGGUUCAGCUUCGGCGUCUCCCACGACCCGCCGGCGCUGGCAGGGACCCGGUGACAGACCCCGUCCCCUCUUACUGUCCCCCCCUCCCUGCCCAGCACGGCCCCCUGCACCGGGCACCGAUUUGAUGCCACACCAAGCCCGGGGAUGAUGUUCUGGCUGGAGAUGCAUCCAGCAAGGAAGGGAUUAACAGCCGGGCAGACCUCCCCCCGAAUUUUUAGAGUGUCCCCCCCACUACAAAUUCAGGGGUGCUGGUCCAGGCUGGGUGCGGGGGGUGCGGGGGAGCAGAGGGAGGUGCCCCCGGCCCUUGGCACAGAGGCUUCAGUGAACGAGCCGCCCCGGAGACCUCUCCUCCUCAUUAGUGCCGGGAACCGCCGGCCCCCGAGACCGCUAAUUACCGCGCGGGACCGCUA